UAUAAACAUUACGACGUCCGGAUGUCCAGGACUUAAGAUUUAGGACAUAGUUAAAAUUUUAAAAAUAUCUAAGUUAUUUUUUAUGUAUAAAAUGUCCCAUUAUAAUAAUCAGAAUAUAACUCUAGACACAAAAUAUGAUGAUAACAAGCAGUGCAUCGUUGGAACAUGUUCAGACAUGUGUCCACGUGAAGAAGUUACUUUGCGGAAAAAAGAAAAGUUGGUGCAUGUUCUAGAAGUUACUGGUUCGGGAUACAAAUUAAUUAAAAGUUACUCCCGUUCGGCGGCCAGUGCUAAUAUGGCAGUGCCUCGUCUUUUGAGGCCAUAUCCAGUGCUCUUUGACACUAUACACUAUUUGUUGCUAAAGGUAUCAAAUAGAUCAGACGUUCCAAUGUCAGUUUUGUAUGACUUUCUAAAUGAUCGUCUAAGGGCUGUAAGGCAAGAUAUGACUAUACAAAGGCUUCCACCAGAGGAGUGCAUUGUUCUACUAGAACCUAUGAUUAGAUUUUAUGUCUACUUUGGCUAUAGGUUAUGUGAACAUCCACUGAGUGAAUAUGAUCCUGUUCUAAACAAGAAAUAUCUGUUGGAAUGUCUGAAAUGGUACUUAAGUAGUUGUGACCUUAUAGAACGGAGUAAGGUUGGAGUGACUGAUGUUGAUGAGAUCAUUGAUAAUUUAUCAUCUUUGAAUGUUAAUAGAGGGAAAGAUGGAACUCUCUCAUGUGACAGAAUAUUGGUAGAAAGCUUGUAUAUCUUAUGUAAUUUAGAUGAUAUCCACCCACUUUAUAGGUAUUUGAAUUUACCAAAAUCUAUAAAAAGAGUUUCUAUAUUAAAGCUGACCUACAACAUAGCAUUGGCUCACCAGCAUGGGAAUUACAUCAGAAUGUUGCAACUUUCUACAAGAUUAUGUCCACUAACAUUCUCAGUUCUCUGCUUGUAUCUGCCUUCAUUACAAAAAAGAGCUUUGCAAAGCCUGAGUACUGCAUUCAAUAGUAAACAUUUGACUGUGCCUGUGAGGGUGGUACAAAAGUGGCUAGCAUUCAACAGUGAGGAGGAAGUGCGUUCGGCUUGUAAAUAUUAUGGUCUGGAAGCUACUGAUGGUGUAUUCUUUAACAAGAGUAAUUUUAAACUCCAUGAAAAUAUGCUCCCACCGAAAAAAUACUAUAAAGCAAAAAUAUUAAGUUUGAAGCUUGAAGAUAUGCUAUCCUAUACUAUUUAAUGUUAAAUAUCUUAAGAAUGUAACAACUGAUCUCAUUAUUUUUUGUUAAAAGUUUAUAUCGUUUUUAAAUAAAACAAAGAAUUAUAAAGGAA